AUGUCUGUGGCUAUUCUCAGUGAUGCUCAUGAUUGUGAUCGUGCCAAAGAGAUUCAACUAGAAUAUUUAAGUGUUGAUGAUCUUAAGAAGCUUAAUAAAAACAAGAAGUUUAUCAAAAAACUCGCUAAAAAAUAUGAUGCAUUUUUAGCGAGUGAAGCUUUGAUUAAACAAAUUCCAAGAUUAUUAGGCCCUGGAUUACACAAGGCCGGUAAAUUUCCGACUCCGGUUAAUCAUAACGAUGAUUUAAAUGCCAAAGCUGAGGAAUUACGUUCGACAAUUCCAACUUAA